AUGAAUAUCUUCGGCGGGUCCGAGAAAUACUCUUAUACGCUACUUGCGGCGUCGACAAGAGGAGCAAGCCCAAAGACACAGUUCCUCCGCAUAAUCCCCUUCGUAUUCUUAAUACUCCUCGUAACAUGCAUUACCUUCACUUCCCUCUACAGCUCACGCCUACACCAUGUUCCGACACAGAGUACCUGGCCGUCAUGGAUAGACGACACUAUCCCCGCCGAAUUCCUCAAACGAAACCACAAACCUCUACCGGUUCCAGGUGCCGAAGAUUCCCUGUUAAUGCUUAAAACUGGUGCUCAAGUUCUCUGGAACCGUCUUCCUAUUCAUAUGACCCGACUUAGCCAAAUCGAUGCCCCGAAUCAGGUAAUCUAUAGCGACCUCGAGGAAACCAUCCAAGGCCACCAUGUAAUAGACAUUCUCGCCAAUGUUUCACAAAAGCUCAAGAACCACGACCACUUUAAAACAUACCAUGAACAACAAAAGCUUCACAAAGAAGGAGUGUCCCUCGCGGCUGCAAAAAUCGAGGGCGGCUGGACUUUGGAUAAAUACAAAUGGCUCCCGAUGUUCGAACAUGCGUACAAGAAUUAUCCGGAUAUGAAGUGGUAUAUCUUUUACGAGGCCGAUAGCUUUACAUUCUGGAAUGCUUUAAACCGCUGGCUUAAUGCAAACUUCGACAGCGAGGAGGCGUGGUAUAUGGGCAGUCGGAAUAUGUACGGUGGCACAUACUUCGGCCACGGUGGAAGCGGUGUCGUGGUUAGUCACGGAGCUAUGAAGAAAACAUUCGGUGGACCCGAAGGGUUUAAUCUGGAUGAUUAUGAUGACGAAGCCAUCAAUAACUGCUGUGGAGAUGCGCUGUUAGGGGUGGUGAUGGAGAAGAAAGGGGUGAAGAUGUGGAGCGAGCGACAUGCGAGGUUUCAGGGCGAGCAGACGUGGGGGAUUAGACAUCGUCCUCAGGAGUGGUGCGAGUCGAUAUUUACGCUACAUCAUUUGUUGCCGAAGGAAGUUAGUAUGUUGCAUGAGUGGGAGAUGGGUCUUAUUCCCAAGAAACCUAUUCUUUAUCGCGAUUUGUAUGAAAAGUUCGUCAGCGCCGAAAUCACAGAUCUCAAAUCGAACUGGGAUAACCUGGCGGAUGGUUUAAAGAUUGAGUUUAAAGCCUUGUUGGAGGAAUUCGAGGGCGACGCUGAAGUUCCAAAAGACAGUAAGGGAAAACCGAAGGUCAAGGACGCCUGUCGUAUUAAAUGUGAGAAGUUGAAGGAAUGCUUGACAUGGCGAGUUACAGAUAAAGAGUGCGGAUUGUCGACCACUCUUUCCCUUGGACAGAAGGAGAAGGGUGUGACAAGUGGAUGGAUGAGAGAGAGGAUUGAACGUUUAAGGGCGACCAAGUGUAAGGCGUGA